AUGUUACCGCAACAGUCAAUAGGAGGCGCAGGCCCUUCUAAUUCUUACGCUGGUGUGAGCAGUCCUGGCGGGUACCCAUCCCCGCCCAGCUCGGGGCAGCUGGGCCAGGCUCUGUCAUACCAACCCCAGCUGCAGCAGAUGCCCCCGCCGCAGCAGAUGGUUCCGCCGCAACAAUAUCCUCAACAGUUCCAGCAGUCGCCACCUGCAGAUAUGCAGUCGCAGCUCGCGCUACCAACACCUCAACAGGCGGCAGCAGGGCCUGUGACUGCGCUGACUGCGCCCCCUGAGCACCAGCAGCUGCAACACCAGCAAACGGUUCCGGCUGGGGCCGCCGCCUCCCCAAUGAAGGGUUUAAUGCGCAUCUUUGCACGGAAGCAGCCAUCAGGUCCCCGGGGGGUACUGGUCAUCCCGACACCCAUGCAGUCGCUCCCG